GUCAGUGGAGAGAAGAAGCUUCCUGCCAUGCCCGGUUCUCCUGUGGAUGUAAAGAGUCACUCCAGACCGCCCGUCUCUGCCAUGCCCCCUCUGCCCUCGGUUAACCCCAGUGGCCCCAGGCCUGCAGCCUUCUCUAGCACAGCCUUAACCAAUGGGAUCAACCAUUCCCCACCCACACUUAAUGCAAUCCCCUCGCCUCCUCAGCGCUAUAGCAAUGGGCCAUCCUCUUCCUCCUCGUCUUCAUUGGCCAAUCAGCAGCUGCCGGCCACAUGCGGGGCGAGACAGCUGAGUAAAUUGAAGCGUUUCCUGACCACACUGCAGCAGUUUGGAAAUGACAUCUCACCUGAGAUCGGAGAAAGCGUCCGCAGCCUGGUGCUGGCCCUGGUGAAUUCCACCGUUACCAUCGAAGAGUUUCAUUCCAGACUGCAGGAGGCCACAAAUUUCCCCUUGAGGCCGUUUGUCAUCCCCUUCUUGAAGGCUAAUUUGCCACUGCUGCAGAGAGAACUGUUGCACUGUGCCCGAGCAGCCAAGCAGACUCCAGCCCAGUACCUGUCCCAACACGAGCACCUUCUGCUCAGCACCGCAGCCCCCUCCCCCGCAGACUCCACCGAACUACUGCUGGAGACCGGUGACAACGCCAAGAGACAUAGCCCCGCCAGAGGGAAAGAGAAUGGUUUCCAUGAGCGACCCCCCGCCCCUUUGGAACCCCCGGCCAAACGUAUUUGCACCAUCAGCCCAGCCCCCAGACACAGUCCCGCCCACCCGGUCCCGUUGCCCGCCCAGAUCCACCCCACGCCUCCACCCCUCCAGCACUAUGCCAUAGAGGAGAUUGCUACACCACACCUGUACAGAGACCCCCACAGGGUACUGGAGCUCAGAGACCUGAAAGACAGACCACGGCUGCCAGGCACUAACGGAGGCUACCGGGAGGAACCAGUGGACCAUAGACUGACAGAGAGAGAGUGGGCAGAGGAAUGGAGACAUUUAGACCACGUGCUGAACUGUAUUGUGGAUAUGGUGGAGAAGACGCGGCGUUCCGUGAAUGUUCUGCGGCGUUGUCAGGAGUCAGACAGAGAGGAGCUCAACUACUGGAGACGCCGCUCCAGCCAACACGAUGACAGCCGCAAGGGUGGAGUGGCACCGGGCAUCCUGCCCUUCUCAAAGACACACAGCCCUCUGCCUGCUGAAGCAGUCAACUCUGAUGCACAGAGAGAGCUCCCUGCACGAGCUGGCACCGGUUACGUGCCUGAUGAGAUCUGGAGGAAAGCGGAGGAGGCAGUGAACGAGGUGAAGAGACAGGCCAUGGAUGAGGUACAGAAGGCAGUGGCUGAAGCCGAACAGAAAGCCUUUGAGAUGAUCACUGCAGAGAGGGCCAAGAUGGAAAAAACUCUGGCCGAGGCCAAGAGGAAAGCCACCGAAGAUGCCAUACAGGUCAUCAAUGAACAAGAGGACUCUAGUGAGUGCUGUUGGAACUGCGGGCGUAAAGCUAGUGAGACCUGUAGCGGCUGUAACGCGGCUCGGUACUGCGGUUCAUUUUGUCAGCAUAAAGACUGGGAGCGUCACCACCUCAUCUGCAGCCCUGGCCUGCAGGCCCAGCCCAAACCCGUCACCGCCCUGGGCAUCCGCAGUCUGGCCAAAACCCCCGACAGCGCCCCCGCUCCCAGCCCAGGCCUGGAGAAAACCUCCAGCACCUCCCGCGCCUCCACCCCACCCACACCGGCCUCCUCCACCCCCGAGAGCAACGGACACUAAGAGCA